AACAUUUUAAGAAGCUUGACACUAAAGACGGGUUAAUUAAAUAUUUAACUAAUUUUAAGAAGUUCACGCUGUUACAAUUUGCAGAUAUUACUUAUUUUGUAAUACCCAGGACCAUAAGAGAUUAUAAGAAAUGAACUGUGCAAUCAUGAAGUCAAUUCUCCCUACCUGUUUAAUACUCAUAUACCACGUGAUACAGACCGAAGGUCAUGGCCGUUUGGUUGAACCGCCUUCAAGAUCAAGUAUGUGGAGAUAUGGCUUUCAAACACCGGUCAACUAUGAUGAUAAUCAACUUUUCUGUGGUGGUUUUGAUGUUCAGUGGAAUCAAAAUGGUGGACGUUGUGGAGUUUGUGGAGAUCCUUAUAAUGGACAAAGAGAUAACGAAGCCGGGGGCAAAUACGCUACGGGAACCAUUUCCCGCCAUUAUACGGAGGGGCAAACGAUACCUAUAACUAUUGAUGUCACCACAAAUCACGGGGGCUUCUUCGAAUUCCGUAUAUGUCCGAACAACAAUCCAGCUAGACCAGUAACAGAAUCGUGCCUAAACAUGAACAUUUUAAGACAACCGAAUGGGGAAACAAAAUGGCGACUGCCUGCAGGAACAAAACAAUUCACAUUGAAUCUCGUACUACCUCGUGGUCUCACGUGUUCUCAGUGCGUUUUGCAGUGGAAAUGGAAUACAGCAAGCAACUGGGGUUGUGACAACAACAACAACAACUGUUGUAAGGGAUGCGGUCCACAGGAACAGUUUCUAGGAUGUGCUGAUGUUUCCAUUGCUUCGUCUGGGAAUUCGUUUGGCUCAAACAACAAUAACAACGUUCAAUCAGGGUUUGGCGGUAUACAGAUUGGAGCCGUUCAAAUUGGCGUCAAAACACCGGAAGUGACUGGUGAUGGAUUUAUACCGAUAGGUACUAAUGGUGCAAGCUUAAGCGGCAGCAAGAUAUGUGAAGCUACGGCUACCUGGAAAGCACGCUAUAUAUUUGCUGACCAAUGGUGUAGAUCUCAGUGUGCGGCAGGCAACUGUCCAGUGCAAUAUUGUAAAAACACAUGCAGGUUUUAAUAUAAAAUAACUUUGUCCAGUAACAGCGUACAUUCUUAAACACACUUAAGACUACACAUUGUUAAAAACAUUCAUAACCAUGUUUAAGUUUCAUUUACAUGUUAGUUCCGGUCAUGUUGAAGUACCCGCCAUGUCCUUAUUCGCACAAAAAGAAAUUGACAAAUUUCACUUUUAGAAUUCUUCUUCACUUAAAAUGCUUAUUAUAGGUUAUAUAAACAUUUGUUUCAAACAAUAUGUACAACAACCCAACUAGAUUUACUCAUUUUAUUCUAUCAUUUAUUUAUUAUAUUAGCGGUAUUUGUAGAGAUGUUUUAUGUUUAUUGAUAUUUUCUAUUUUUUUAUGUCUUUUACAAUAAAAGAUUUUCGAUGAGAAUUGUUUUGC